AUGCAGUUCACACCAAUCGUUAUUGCCUUCAUGGCCCUCAACUUCGGCAGUGUUUUCGCAGCUCCUGUCGCUACCCCAGCUGAAGCCAGCACGGACACUGUCUUCGAGCCUCAAAACAUCUGCCCAGAGGGUAUGUUUAGUACCUCUGUCGAUGUCAAUGGCGUUGUUCGCCGUGGAUGCUCUGCCAAGAGAGCUGAGUUUGAGCCCCAGAACAUCUGCCCCGAGGGCAUGUUCAGUACUUCUGUGGAUGUUGAAGGUGCUUGCCCGACCGUGGAUGCGCUGCUAAGAGAGCCGAAUUCGAGCCUCAAAACAUCUGCCCAGAAGGCAUGUUCAGCACCUCAGUCGACGUUAACGGCGUCGCCCGUCGCGGUUGCGCUGCGAAGAGAGCUGAAUUCGAACCUCAAAACAUCUGCCCAGAAGGCAUGUUCAGCACCUCAGUCGAUGUCAACGGCGUCGCCCGUCGUGGCUGCGCUGCCAAGAUCUAGAAGCUCUGCUCUAUAG